AUGACAGAAAAUAGGAAAAGAUCUCGUGAAGAUGACUCUUGUGAGUUUAUGCCUUUAUCAAAAAGGAUUAAUAAUCUUCAUAUAAAUAAUAAUAUAAAUGCUGUAUCGUCACAAUCAUCAGAUUCUAGUCAUAGUAACGGAAUUACUGAUGUCAUGGAUAACGGUACAAGUUCAUCAUCAGACUCGGAAAGGAGACCGAGUUAUGAUCCUGGAAUCAAUUCAACGGAUAGCAGAUAUUAUUAUGAAAAUAAAUUAUUGUUCGAAUUACAUUUAGAGAGGAUACAAAGAUCUGGGCAGCAGUUUCCGUUUUAA